UAUUGUGACUGGCUGUUUUUUUACUCAGCUUACUCACUCGGUGGCUAAACUUCAUGUUUUCGCGUUUUUUAACGUAAACUUCUAAACAAAAUGUUAACCGGAGACAUUUAUAAACGUCGCGGUGUAAACAGCUAAAUGUGGAGUACUGUUAACUGUGAAGUAAAGGGUUGGAUUUUGGUCAUUUGACCACCUCGAAUAAAACACUUAUAACAAGCCAUGGCGGGCAGGGAUAUAAAUGAGAGCACUCCUCUUUUGGACACUUCUUCACCCAGAUCAGAUUCAGUGUUUCAAGGCAGGAGACUGGCAUGUGCCGCCGUGCUCCUGUCAGAGUCUUUAGAGAGAAUGGCCUUUUACGGCAUCACCUCAAACCUGGUACUCUUCCUCAACAGUAGCCCCUUCUAUUGGGAUGGUACUUUGGCCAGCCAAGCCCCCUUGAUCUUCAUGGGGGUCACUUAUUUGAUUUCACCCUUUGGCGGAUGGCUGGCGGAUGCGUGCCUCGGCAAGUUUUUAACCAUAGCUUUGAGUUUUGUCCUGUACCUGAUAGGACUGUUGCUUUUCCCAUUUGUGGCAAGUGAGAAUACCAGGAAUUACCUGUGUGGAGAAGAGAUGGCGUUCCCAGUGCAGCCGGCUGAGUGUUUUCCUGUUAACGGGUCUGUGCCUGCCAACGUCACCUGCAUCAAUCGGAAGCCGUACUGUGGGCCAGCGGUGUACAGCGGCCUCGUGCUGGUGGCGCUUGGCGUGGGGGCUGUGAAAUCAAACAUCACCCCUUUCGGGGCAGAUCAGGUGAAAGACCGAGGUCCAGAGGCAACACGGCGGUUCUUUAACUGGUUUUACUGGUGCAUUAACCUAGGAGCGAUCUUAUCACUGGGUGGAAUAGCCUACAUUCAACAGAACAUUAGUUUUUCAAUCGGCUACAUCAUUCCGGCAGUUUGUCUCGGGGUCUCCCUCAUUGUAUUCGUUCUGGGCUACACCGUUUUCAUCACCAAGCCUGCAGAUGGCAGUGCCUUCAGCGGCAUGUUCAGCAUCCUGGGCUCAGCCCUCUGUGUACGUGGCCCAAAAGAGCCUAGUCUGCUCAGGCAAAAGCCAACUCUACUGGACAGUGCCAAGGUGACCUACGGUGGGCGAUUUCCAGAAGAGAAGGUGGAGGAAGUGAAAUCCCUGCUUAAGAUACUUCCUGUUUUUCUGGCCCUUAUUCCAUACUGGACCGUGUACUUUCAGAUGCAGACCACUUAUUAUCUCCAGAGCCUCCAUUUGAGGAUUCCUGGAGCGUAUCCCAACUCCUCAGACUAUCACCCGACCUCCUUUCGUUUCCCAGCGGCUUGGCUAACAAUGUUUGACGCCGUGCUGAUCCUGAUGUUGAUCCCCCUGAAGGAUAAAGUGGUAGACCCCAUCCUGAAACGCAAGGGCCUGCUGCCCUCCCCUCUGAAGAGAAUCGCUGUGGGCAUGUUCUUUGUGAUGUGCUCAGCUGUGGCGGCUGGCAUUUUAGAAACAAAGCGUCUGGAGAUCAUCCACACCCGAGAUCCCAUCCAGCAGUCGCUCGGUGGCGCCACCUACUAUGCAGCAGAUCUGCCCAUAUGGUGGCAGGUGCCUCAAUACGUCCUCAUUGGUGUCAGUGAAAUCUUCGCAAGUAUCGCAGGUCUUGAGUUUGCGUACUCUGCAGCCCCACGCUCGAUGCAGAGUGCUAUAAUGGGCCUGUUCUUCUUCUUCUCUGGCAUCGGAUCAUUUGUGGGAUAUGGACUUCUUGCUAUUGUCUCUCUUAAAGCCAUCGGUUGGAUGUCCUCACACACAGACUUCGGAAACAUCAACGAUUGCACACUGAAUUAUUACUUCUUCCUGCUGGCAGGCAUACAAGGAGUCACACUCCUCAUCUUCCUCAUUGUUUCUUUGAAAUAUGACAAACAGAAAACAAGAGCAAGCAGCAACAGAGCCUCUCUGACCAACUCCUAACCCCCAUCAUGAGCCUUACACCGCCGUAUUCACACCCUCACCACUCCUCCACCUCCAAAACAUGUGCCUGAAACUUUUACAGGUCUUUUAAAAAUGCUACCUGUUUAUUAAGGAAUUGACUUAACUAUAAAAAACGUGUUUACUUGAACUGUCUGAUUUUAACUGUUCAAAUUCGGCAGAUAUCAAAACUUAAUUCAUGGUUAAAAUGCUUAAGUUGCUCAUAAAGUUUUAUAUAAUGUUAUGUUGGUUAACUCCAAUAGCAAACUGAAAUAUGAAGUGCACGGUAUUAAGUUGGGGUGAUAAGAUUAAGAUGAGAAUAAGAACAUUUAUACAAUUUGUUUAAAACAAUGGCAAAUGUUCUUUACAUUGUUACCAUUCAUAAAGACAUGAGUUUAUAGUGAACGUAGUAAAAUUGUAUUUAAAUUUUGUGUUUUGGCAUUGUGGUUUGCACUCAAUAAGGUAAGGCUAUACUGUUGUUUUGAUCUCGAUGUAUUAAAAAUGUCAUUUUGGGCAUGUUGCGAUACUUUUUAAACUGUUUUUAAGAUACUUUUAAUGAUUAAUAUAAGUGUGUUGGUGGUUUUUUCUCCAUGUAUGUAUUUCAGAAGCUAUUUGCACUGUAUAAUGUAUCUUUUAUCACUUAUUAAUUGAUACUAAUAUCUGAAACAGCAAUAUGGUUGGCUAUUCAAUAUUUGAAAUGAGUAUCCAAUGAAGUCACUUGAGCACAUUGGGAGUAUUGUUGAAACAUCAGUGAAGUAAUGUUGAAACUGAAAAUUGCAGUUUUAAAACUAAACUGUAUUACAAAAGCAAUUUUAAUGUUUAAUGCUGUCAUGUUAUAGUUUGAAACUGUGGUACCUGACCUAUGGCAUUACAUGAGUUUGUCUCACUAUGUAGAAUUUUAGGCAUUCAUUUUCUAUCAGCUUUUAUUUUAUGAUUUAGCGUCAAAUACCAACCACUUCUGCAUUCUUUGUAAUGCUUAUGAUAUUGAGUAUACCAGAGAAAUAAUGAAUUUGUUCUUAAUUAUGUUCACAGCUCAGUUGAUUUCUUCUACAACUGAAAUAUCUCGGUGAAGGAUUAAAAAAACUGCUGCUUAUUUAUUAUGGUUUGUGACUUUUAUAGGAUUAUACGGUGCAAUGUCUUUUAAUAAAUAACAAACAUCAGGAUGAAGUUAUGAAGUUCUAAUCUCAAGUCAAACAUAUUUGUUAUUGCGUAUUUAAAAUGAAAUCAUGAAUCGUACAUGCUGGCUUAGUUUCACAUUCAUCACGUGUGAACCUCGGCUUCAUAAUUUGUCUGUUGCUUGAAAUUGAAUGCUAAUUUUGCAAUAAUGAAACCUGUUUGGCUGCUAUUUUUGUUAGUUUUCUAUCUGUACCGUGACGGCGUUAACACAGAAUAGUAACAACACACCCAUUUUACUUCUGUUUUGUUAUGUUUCGAAUAAACGUGUUGUUUUAAGUUUUUCAACAGUUGCAGAUUGUGCCUUUAAUACUAAAGUUGCUCUUUGUGAAUGUUGUGAUUGAUGCAUUUUCUCACAUCGUUGUUAAUGUUAACCUCGGGAAUUACCCGAUUGUUAUAAUGAAAAUCCUUUGGGUCACUUUUGACAGACAGUCAAUAUGCAGUAUUAUAAAAGCUUUGUUGAAAUAUUUUUGGUAAGCAAAGCCAUUUUUUUGGAGCAUCUUUAAUGAAGCUAAUGUCAAUUCAAUUAUUUUUCUUUCAAUUCAGUUUUUGCUUGAAAGGAAAUAAACGAUCUUCAGUUUAUCUUAAUAAAAUGCAUCUGAGA